UAAUUACACUUUUGACUCUGCAUAUAUACUGUUAAAAAUUAAAACUGGACUCAUCAUAACAGUGAUGUGCCUCUCUUGACAAGGCGGGGAAAACUCCGCUCACUCGGGCUGCUCCGAUAAGACAUCAAGCCAACCCCCUCAGGUUCCUCCUGUGUGACGCACGGAGCUGUCCGCACGACUCAGCUCAGCUCGGAAUAGUCCGGAGCAACAUGCAGGAUGGCGAGUGUGGAGACAGCCGCCGAACACGAACGCAUCUUGCGGGAGAUCGAGAGCACAGACACCAACUGUAUCGGCCCGACCCUGCGGUCGGUGUACGAUGGUCAGGAGCAUGGGCUCUUCAUGGAGAAGCUGGACGCACGGAUCAGGAACCACGACCGGGAGAUCGAAAAGAUGUGUAACCAUCACUUCCAGGGGUUUGUGGACUCUAUCACAGAGCUGCUCAAAGUACGAGGAGAGGCUCAGAAGUUGAAGAGUCAGGUGACUGACACCAACAGGCGCCUUCAGGAUGACGGCAAAGAUCUCAUCUCCUCCAUGGAGGAGUUGAAGCAGUGUCGAGUGCAGCAGAGAAACAUCGCUACCACCAUAGACAAACUGACACACUGCCUUCCAGUCUUAGAGAUGUACAGCAGGCUUCAGGAGCAGAUGAAGGCCAAAAGGUACUACCCUGCGUUGCGGACGUUGGAGCAACUGGAACAGACGUGUCUUCCCAGGGCAGGCCAUUACCGGUUCUGCUCCAUCAUGGCUGAGAACAUUCCCAAACUGAGGACACAUAUCAGGGACACGGCCAUGACGCAGCUGAGAGACUUUCUGGAGAGCAUCCGGAAACACUCGGACAAGAUAGGAGAGGCUGCCAUCAAGCAGGCCCAACUACAGCGCUCGUUGGACAGCUCCGUCUCCCCGCAGCCGAGGGCCCUGAUUGGUCGACGCAGCCGUAAGGAGCCGGGGGCACGGGCCAGAACGGAGAUUGACGAACAUGGUGGCAGCCCAGUGUCGGAACAAGACUCUGGCAUUCUGGAUGUGGAGGAUGACGAGGAGGACGAGGAUGAAGUCCCAGGAGCUCAGGACUUGGUGGAUUUCUCUCCAGUUUACCGCUGCCUUCAUAUCUACACUGUGCUGGGUUUGCGUGAUGUGUUUGAGAACUACUACAGAAAGCAGAGGAGGAAACAGGCUCGCCUCGUGCUGCAGCCUCACUCUAACAUGCAUGAAACUCUGGAGGGAUACCGGCGAUACUUCAAUCAGAUUGUUGGCUUCUUUGUUGUCGAGGAUCACGUCCUUCACACCACACAGGGUUUGGUCAACAGAGCGUACGUAGAGGAGCUCUGGGAGUUGGCGCUGUCCAAAAUAGUUGCCGCCCUCAGGACGCACUCUUCGUACUGUGAUGACCCUGACCUGGUGCUGGAUCUGAAGAACCUCAUUGUCCUUUUUGCUGAUACGCUGCAGGGUUAUGGUUUCCCAGUGUCACAACUGUUCGACAUGUUGCUGGAGAUGAGGGAGCAGUACGGAGAAAUCCUGCUGAAGAGAUGGAACAUCACCUUCAGACAGGUGUUGGACCAGGACAACUUCAGUCCAAUCCCAGUCUCAACAGAGCAGGAGUACAGACACUAUACUUCCCAGUUUCCUCUGCAAGACCCUGAACUGGAUAAGCUUCCUUUCCCCAAGAAGCUUCCCUUCUCUGAGUUUGUCCCAAAAGUGUAUUGCCAGCUGAAGGAAUUUAUCUACGCUUGCCUGAAAUACUCAGAAGACCUGCAUCUCAGUUCCACAGAGGUGGAUGACAUGAUCCGCAAGUCCACAAAUCUCUUGUUGACCAGAACCCUCAGCAACUGCCUGCAGUAUGGCAUUAAGAAGAAGAAUGUUGGAUUGGCAGAGUUGGUGCAGGUGAUUAUUAACACCACCCACCUGGAGCAGAGCUGCCACUUCCUGGAGGAGUUCAUAUCAAAUAUAACCAACGUUCCCCCGGACACAGUCAAUGCUACCAAGCUGUAUGGCACCUCCACCUUUAAGGACGCUCGUCACGCAGCUGAGGCAGAGAUCUACACCAGCCUGAACGCCAAGAUCGACCAGUUCCUGCAGCUGGCUGAUUACGACUGGAUGGCCGCGGUGCCGGGAAGUGGGAGUCCGACCGCCAGCGACUACCUGGUUGACCUCAUCGCUUUCCUGAAGAGUACUUUCAGUGUCUUCACCAACCUGCCUGGAACUCCCGUAGAACAUGCUACCUUACCGGGCAAAGUUGCUCAGACAGCCUGCAUGUCAGCCUGUAAACACAUUUCCACCUCACUGAUGCAGCUCCUGCUCGACCCAGAGGUGCGGCAGAUCUCAAUGGGAGCUCUGCACCAGCUCAACACGGACGUAAAGGAGUGCGAGAGUUUUGCCAGAGCCGGCCCGGUCGCAGGCUUCCAGGGUGACACGUUGCUUCUGGCCUUCAGUGACUUGAGACAAUUACUGGAACUGUUCACUCAGUGGGACUGGUCAACCUACCUGGCUGACUAUGGAAAGCCCACCUGCAAAUACCUGAGAGUCAGUCCACACACUGCACUGGCCCUGCUGGAGAAGUUAUUUAAGCCGAUGAAGGAGACGAGCAGAAAGAACAACGUCUUCGCCCAGUUCAGGAAAACAGACAGAGACAGACAGAAACUCAUCGACACCAUCAUCAAACAGCUGCGCAACCUCAUUGCACAACACCACACCUAAAGUAAGCCAGGUGCCAGCAAGCCCUAAGCCACCAUUCGUUCGGCUGAUUUGAAGCGCCCGGAAACCGGGCUGCAGUCUGUGGCCAUUAACGUCAGUAGACUAUCAACAACCAGUCCAAACACAGAGGAAGCUCACUGGAUAACAAGCUGGUACCAUGCAAUCUGUUUCCAGUGUAAGAUGUCUUACUUUGUUGUUUCUUGGAAAAAGACAAACAUUGUCUGUUUAGAUAUAUUAGGUAAAAAUUAACCCUUAAUAACCGCAACAAUAGGUCUAGUUUUUUUUUUCACAUUCAUGCCCAAAUGCCCGGACUAAUCUGGUUCCUCCAACUCAAAUUCACUCCAAAUAACUGCAUGCCCACAACUGUUAAAGAGGUAUUGAAUAUAUAAAGAGACCAAAACCAACAACAAACUGCACAUAUCUACAAAACGAUCACUAUGUCAUAGGCGUACGCUGGCCUACUACUACAACGCUAAAUGUCUAUACUGGAAAUCAGUGUCCAGCUUUAUCACAGCAUCACUGAGAGUUUCUUAAUAAUGACACAAUACAUGUUUGGAUGAUUUCAGUAACUUUGAGCCUAGUUUUCCACCUCCCUUCUUCUGGGUUUAAUGCUAAGCUAGGCUAACUAUAUCUUGACUCCUCAUUUUGUCGUAUGCUGCAUUCAAAUGGGGAAAAGUCCAAAAUAAACUGCUUCCUCUUACGAUAUUCACACGGUCCUAAGUGAAGCUGUCAUGAGUUGUAUUUUGUUGAUUUUUUUCCAGUAAGUGAGUGUUGGUCGGUCAAAACGUACCUAAACAACUAAUCUGUUGUUGACUUGUGUCUCUUUAUCAGAUUUAUUGAUAGGAAGGAAAUCCUCAUUCUAUAACUUCAUCUGGGAGACAAGCAAGAGGAGUGAACUAUAUCAUUUUUACAUUUAGACAUUAAGGUCUCCAGCAACAUUCGUCUUCUGUUUGUAAGAAAUUGUCCUGUUCCCAUGAAACUGUGUUGCUGGAUGCUGUCAGGCUUUGGUGUUCCUUUUUGGAGUUGUGUGCGAAUCUAGGUGAAUUUUUAGUUAGAUAAGAGAUUGUAGAUUUGUACCACAACUUUCCAGUUUUCUCUCCUUGGGUUUAUCCAAACAGGCCCCAUCCAAACAUUAACUCUCUAACGUCACUGCGGCACAAUAACAGUAUUGAAUGUAUUGAAUGUUCAUCAGAGAGAUUCAAUGUAAUUUUUUGUUGCGAAAUAGCCAGAAAGCACUGAAACGAAAAUGCUGGUGAGUCGAAUGUUACUGCACGAUCCAGUAUCCCCAUCCUAGUGGGGGAUGCAACAUGGCAGCCUUGGUCCCCUGUUAAUAUACAACCUGCAAACACUUGAAUGGGCGACAGUGCUCAGAUCAGGCAACACUGUUUCCCCCAAACUUGAUAGCAGAGUUUAGGUUGUAAAGUGGGGUUAUCGUCCAAACAUGGCAACUCAUUGUUCCCCUCUUUUAACUGGAGAUGGGUGGUUGAGCAUUUUUCUACUUGUCGUGUAGAAAUAACUGUGUCUAAAAGAGGGAGAUAAUGCUCCAACUUGGCAACUGUUGUGUAAAAUGUACAACACUCUAUUGAGGGGUGACUAUUGUAUAUCGAAACCAUUGUACUAAUGCAAAUGUCUUCCAUAAAUAUAUGCCAAGCUGUGUGAGUGGAGAGGCUACGUUGAACACACACAAGCCUUUGAUUCAUUGAAGCACAAUUAUUUCACUCUUGAACUUUUAGGGGGCCUUUCACUCUUUGUGUUGCUGUUUUUCUUGAACUCGGGUGCAAUAGUAAACAUUGGAAACUGCAGCAGAUUGUUUGCGUUGUGCGUUAAGCACGGUGCUUUGUAAAAGGGAGUCCAGUAUGUCUGAAGGGAAUUUUUAAGUCUUCCUUGAGCAGUCGCCAUAUAUUUUUGAUUUACUGAGGGACAUCUUUUGUGUUUCUGUGGGUGUGUUCACUUCAUUUUCAUCCAUCAUUAGCUGAGUAUAAGUUUAGAAAGGGAACUCAGCUGUUGAUAUUGAAUGUGUCUUUGCUGUAUUUUUGUUAUUUUUCCUGCCAAUAAAGCAGCAACACAGUGGUGUUAGGACUCUGGACACAGCUAACCAAAAGUUUCACAUAAGGCACUGACAGCUGUGGGCCACAUGUUCCACCUGAAUAAAUUUUUCAUUUACUUUAAGUUUUCCAAUUGCUCUAGUUACAGUAAAAGAUCCGCUAGCCACUCGGUUUGUUAGACAUCUCAAACUAUGUUCGGUCUACUGCUCGUGUCCAGAGUCUGCUCACAGCAGUCGCUGUUGCUUCUUCUUCGUCUUCUUUUUUUUAUAGAGCAGAAUUUGUUAUUGAGACAGAAGCACUGUUCACGCUGUUGUAUUAAAACCACUAAUGAACGAAACAAAAAUACUAAUAAAGUUGUGAGGAAUUCCAACACAUAAAUAAACUGAAAACUGUUGAA